CUAAUUGUUGUGAUAAACUUAUUAAAUAGUUUCAGGAGAUUUUAUGGCUGCGAUUGAGCGUGAUGUGCAAACAACCGACGAUACAACUAAGUAUGACCUGGCUUGGUAUCAGAGACUCCUCGUCAGCAUGAUCAAGUAUGGCCCAAUUCCUCAGCAUAUCGCUUUCAUUAUGGAUGGAAACAGAAGAUACGCCAGAGACCUCUCAGAGAGAGUAAUCACAGGUCAGUUCAGGGUUUCAGGAGAUUUUAUGGCUGCGAUUGAGCGUGAUGUGCAAACAACCGACGAUACAACUAAGUAUGACCUGGCUUGGUAUCAGAGACUCCUCGUCAGCAUGAUCAAGUAUGGCCCAAUUCCUCAGCAUAUCGCUUUCAUUAUGGAUGGAAACAGAAGAUACGCCAGAGACCUCUCAGAGAGAGUAAUCACAGGUCACAUGGAGGGCUUCGAGACACUCAUCAGCGUAUUGAGUUGGGCUAAAGAACUGGGCAUCAAGGAGAUCACUGUGUAUGCCUUCAGCAUCGAGAACUUCAGCAGACCCAGGGAGGAAGUGGAAGGUCUUCUAGAUCUCGCCAGAUGUAAAAUACCGUUGGUGCUUCGCGAAUCUCAUCAUCUUCAGCGAUUGGGAGUUAGGAUCAGAUUGCUCGGAAAGAAGGAGUUGAUAGCAGAGGAUCUCAGGACUCAGUUCGAACUACUGGAGAAAUCUACAGAAGCAAACAGAGGCUCAGUUCUAAACAUCUGCUUUGCAUAUACUUCAACACAGGAGAUAUGCGACGCGGUCAAUAAGGUUGACAAGAAUGAAGCGCUAACAAGAGAUAAUAUAGAGCGAGAACUGUACACGAAGAAUUGUCUGCCUUUGGACCUGUUGAUCCGCACUAGUGGUGAAGUAAGACUAUCCGACUUUCUUCUCUGGCAAGCCCAGUUCACAUGUCUCUGUUUUUCAACACCUUAUUGGCCAAAGUUUUCUUUGUGGGAUUUUUGUGGGGCCAUUAGAUACUACCAGACUUAUUAUCCGCAAAUACAAAAGACUCAACAACUAGUCCAGCAGUCUAACCAUGCUGUCAAUGAAAUGCAAAGGUGACUGCAAAAGUGCGGCUGUCGAGCAAAUUUUUUGGUGCUAUUUAUUGAUUUCAGGAGCGAAAACCCUUUUAAUGUAGUUGGAAUUAACCUUUUCUUGAA